CUUAUUCGUGUCAGUGAUGGUGAGCUGCAGGACACAGAGGUGUGUUUGAGCUCAUCUUGUAAUUCACAAUGUGCUCAACUCCCGGCCUCCCAACGGCAGGAACAGUAGUGCCUGUUCUCAUCACGGGGGUUAACCUAAAGCACGGGUCUGGCAUCGUGGAGUUAUGGGUCAACAUGGACGAUGACAAGAAGCAUAUCUACGAGCAGAUGAGAGGGGAAAUCCAGGACCCGGACAGGAAGUUUGCGGGACCGGAAGGAGAACCCGGGGAUCUGUGUCUGGUUUGCAUCGAUGGCGUCUGGCACAGAGCUCAGAUCGUUUCCAUUCAAGGUGACACAUGCAAUGUUUUCUUAAUCGACCAGGGACAGCCGCAUAUCACCAGGAGCAAAGCCUUAGCAUGGGGGCACACCGACAGUUUCCUCCUUCCUCCUGAAACUGAAUCAUGCAUCCUCGCUAACGUCCUCUUACUCGAUAACAUCUGGCCAGAAAGAGCCAUAAAGUUUCUGAUGUCUCUGCACGGCAAGAAAUUUAAAGGCCUGGUUCAACAUGUGCUGAAGCCGAACAGAACACUUCUGCUCGACAUACCAAUGGUUUCCAAGCCUAUGUGUAUGUUUGGAGUUGCGAAGAAGAUGCCAGUAGACGAGUUUAAGUGCCUCGUACAGAAAUGUCUCGAAGUUGACCGCAUAACGCAAGAACCAAAUCUGAAUGUUGGCCGCAAACUUGAGAAGAUCGACCAAUACUUUUACCCAGAUCUGUUAACGAAUUCCUACGAAGCUGUUAUUGUGACAGAGGUUAAUAACCCACGCAACAUCUUUUGCAAACUUAACAUUUUCUCCAAGGCGGUGAAGAUGAUAUCAGAGCAGAUGCAGCAGCAUUAUGAAAACGAUUCAGGAGAGACUGGGCCUUCGAACUGCGGGGAUCCAUGUGCUGCAAAAGGGACAGAUGGAAGAUGGCAUCGCUCGUUACUGAGGCAAACCUUAACCAAUGAUGGCACUGUACAAGUCUUCCAUGUGGACGAAGGAAAAGUUGAGAUGGUCCCGGUUGGAGGUAUCAGACCUCUACACAGAGACUUCCUGAGGAUGCCGGUGGUCACGUAUAGUUGUUCUCUUCAAGGUGUAACGGAUGACAGAAUGGCAAAGACCAGUUACUUGAAAUCCCUGCUUCUUAACCAAACUCACAUGGCAAAGUUUUCCCACCACAACAAACCUCAAGAUGUCUAUCAGGUAAUUCUCUACGCAAACGGUGGUGUAUGCAUAAACAAUAGUUUCAUAGAGAAGAUGGGUCAUUUUGAAUCCCCUGAACAACAUUUAAACGUGCAGAAUAUGCUCCUUUCCUCAUCAUGUGUCAGUUUGCUCUUAGACGAUCAUUGCAUGGAUUCAACAUUGAAUUUAGAUGUUAAUGGUUUACUGGACGAAACAAAGAAUCAAUCAGUCAGUGGGUGGACUGAUGAACCAACAACUGGCAACAAAAACAGGGAAGAACAUCCACCCCCUCAAGUACAGAUCAAUGGGCAUCUUCCAACUGAGGUGCAAAACGCUCACGAUGCGUUUGCUGUAGGAAGUAGCGUCGGCAUUGGCAAGCGUCCGACUGAAGGAUGUCCACCGCUUCCAUCGGAGUCAUACAAUUACUCCACACACAACAUUAAGGUGAAUGGAAAAGAGAAAGUGUGGAUAACGUCUUCAGAGAACGUCAAUCUAUUCUAUUGCCAACUCAACAGGAACUAUCAUCUGUUUGAGAAAGUGAUGGAAGAUGUCAAACAACUUCUCGGCAAGCAACGGUGCACGGAUCAUCCACUUGGACUUAAUAGCAUUUGCUUUGCCAAGUACUCUGAUAAGCAAUGGUACAGAGGUCAGGUGGUAGAACUGUCUCCAAAGCUUAGAGUACACUUUGUGGAUUAUGGGCAAACUCUUCUCGUGAAUGAAUGUGAUAUCUGCCCCUGUCCCACUGGAGAAAGUAUGUGCAGAGCUCUACCGGUUCAGGCUGUUCCUCUUGGGCUGUUUAAUGUCCCCGCAGAUGUGCCACAGGAAGUCAGCAAUUGGUUUGCAGAUCAUGCCAUUGGCCAAAAUCUGAGCAUUUCUGUGGUAGCUAAAGGGGAAAGGGGGAAGCUAAUCGUUGAACUGUUUGAUGGAUUUCUGAAUGUAAAUGCAAAAGUCAGAGAGAAGAUAUCGAAGAUGAGAUCGAAAAUGACGACUCUUGUUCAGAAGACUAAUCAGCAGCUUUCAAACAAAUCGCAACAUGCCAGUAAGCCAAACGAGGACUGUUCAACGAAAGUAUUAACACAAAUGACAGAACAAAAUCCCUGUGCAAGAGUUGAGCUGAGUUCACAACCAGUUACCAAAGUCUGUUUGCCAGAGAUUCAACAUGAAAAGACUUUGGAUGAAGGAAGAAAACCAACCUCGGAUUUCAUUCCUAUUGACAAGAAAGUAGAAAAAUGCAACGAUGAUUCUGAAGUGACACAACCUUCCCUUCCUUCUUGCCACAAGGGAAAUGUGAAUAUCAGCAUGUACUCAUGGUUAACCAUUUCUGAAAGCAAGACAGUGGAGCUUUAUGCAUCCUGCAUUUCUGGUCCACAUUUCUUCUGGUGUCAGUACACCGAUGAAGAGGAGGCCAACAAAGUGGCAAGUCUUGCUCAGGAAGCAGGACUGGCUCAGCAAGAUAGGACAUUUCCUGAGAGUCUCUGUCCUGGCAGUCCAUGCCUUGCUCUGGAUUCCAAUGACGGACAGUGGUAUCGAGCUCAAGUUCUUCGCAGAGUUGAAGAUAAGUUUGACGUUGUGUUUGUCGACUAUGGAAACGAGUCUGAUGUUGACAUCAAGAACGUGAGGUCAGUGCCUCAGAGUCUGCUGGAGAUAGCUCCUCAGGCCUUUCUGUGCUCUCUGAAGGGGUUUGAUCAGUCCAGUGGCUCCUGGGACGACCAAGUUCACGAUGUCUUCUACAAUCUUCUGGUUGAUAAACCACUGAACGUGACAGUGUUAAAUAAAGAAGAGCUUUCAGACAGUGUGCUUCCUCAAUAUGCAGUGGAAAUUGUGUGUGAGAAUGUUAUCAUGAAUACCGUGAUGCAGAAAUACUGGACACCACUUCCCACAGAACAGGCCAAACCUGAAAUUGCUCAAACCGAGACUUCCCUUCAAGACCUUGAGAAGGAGUCCAACAAAGACCUUGAAAAGGAGUCCGACAAAGACACUCAGACAGAGUCCGACAAGGACAAUCAGAAGGAGUCCAACAAGGACCUUGAGACCGAGUCCGACAAGGACAAUCAGACGGAGUCCGACAAGGACAAUCAGACGGAGUCCGACAAGGACAAUCAGAAGGAGUCCAACAAGGACCUUGACACGGAGUCCAACAAGGACCUUGAUACCGAGUCCAACAAGGACAAUCAGACGGAGUCCAACAAGGACCUUGACACGGAGUCCAACAAGGACCUUGAUACCGAGUCCAACAAGGACAAUCAGACGGAGUCCAACAAGGACCUUGACACGGAGUCCAACAAGGAACUUGAGACCGAGUCCAACAAGGACAAUCAGACGGAGUCCGACAAGGACAAUCAGACGGAGUCCGACAAGGACAAUCAGAAGGAGUCCAACAAGGACCUUGAGACCGAGUCCGACAAGGACAAUCAGACGGAGUCCGACAAGGACAAUCAGACGGAGUCCGACAAGGACAAUCAGAAGGAGUCCAACAAGGACCUUGACACGGAGUCCAACAAGGACCUUGACACGGAGUCCAACAAGGACCUUGAUACCGAGUCCAACAAGGACCUUGAUACCGAGUCCAACAAGGACAAUCAGACGGAGUCCAACAAGGACCUUGACACGGAGUCCAACAAGGACCUUGAUACCGAGUCCAACAAGGACAAUCAGACGGAGUCCAUCAAGGACCUUGACACGGAGUCCAACAAGGACCUUGAUACCGAGUCCAACAAGGACAAUCAGACGGAGUCCAACAAGGACCUUGACACGGAGUCCAACAAGGACCUUGAUAGCGAGUCCAACAAGGACAAUCAGACGGAGUCCAACAAGGACCUUGACACGGAGUCCAACAAGGACCUUGAUACCAAGUCCAACAAGGACAAUCAGACGGAGUCCAACAAGGACCUUGACACGGAGUCCAACAAGGACCUUGAUACAGAGUCCAACAAGGACAAUCAGACGGAGUCCAACAAGGACCUUGAUACCGAGUCCAACAAGGACAAUCAGAUGGAGUCCAACAAAGACCUUGACACGGAGUCCAACAAGGACCUUGAUACGGACUCCAACAAAGACGAUCAGAAGGAGUCCAACAAGGACCUUGAUACCGAGUCCAACAAAGACGAUCAGACGGAGUCCAACAAGGACCUUGAUACCGAGUCCAACAAAGACGAUCAGACGGAGUCCAACAAGGACCUUGAUACCGAGUCCAACAAAGACGAUCAGACGGAGUCCAACAAGGACCUUGACACGGAGUCCAACAAGGACCUUGACACGGACUCCAACAAAGACGAUCAGACGGAGUCCAACAAGGACCUUGACACGGAGUCCAACAAGGACCUUGACACGGACUCCAACAAAGACGAUCAGACGGAGUCCAACAAGGACCUUGAUACCGAGUCCAACAAGGACAAUCAGAUGGAGUCCAACAAAGACCUUGACACCGAGUCCAGCAUAGACCUUGAGACCGAGUCCAGUAUCUCACAUCUUGGUGUUGACAAACUAAAUGUGAAUACUUGCAUGUACAAGAAGCCAAACAUCUCCAAAAACCAACAAGAGGUUUAUGCAUCCUGCAUAUCUGAUCCACAUUUCUUCUGGUGUCAGUACAGUGAUGAAGAGGAGGCCAACAAAGUGACAAGUCUUGCUCAGGAAGCAGGACUGGCUCAGCAGGAUAGGACAUUUCCUGAGAGUCUCUGUCCUGGCAGUCCAUGCCUUGCUCUGGAUUCCAGUGACGGACAGUGGUAUCGAGCUCAAGUUCUUCGCAGAGUCGAAGAUAAGUUUGACGUUGUGUUUGUUGACCAUGGAAACAAGUCUGAUGUUGACAUCAAGAACGUGAGGUCAGUGCCUCAGAGUCUGCUGGAGAUAGCUCUUCAGGCCUUUCUGUGCUCUCCGAAGGGGUUUGAUCAGUCCAGGGGCUCCUGGCACGACCAAGUUCACAAUGUCUUCUACAAUCUUCUGGUUGAUAACCCACUGAACGUGACAGUGUUAAAUAAAGAAGAGCUUUCAGACAGUGUGCUUCCUCAAUAUGCAGUGGAAAUUGUGUGUGAGAAUGUUAUCAUGAAUACCGUGAUGCAGAAAUACUGGACACCACUUCCCACAGAACAGGCCAAACCUGAAAUUGCUCAAACCGAGACUUCCCUUCAAGACCUUGAGAAGGAGUCCAACAAAGACCUUGAGACGGAGUCCGACAAGGACCUUGACACCGAGUCCAGCAUAGACCUUGAGACGGAGUCCGACAAGGACACUCAGAAGGAGUCCAACAAGGAACUUGAGACGGAGUCCAACAAAGACCUUGACACCAAGUCCAGCAUAGACCUUGAGACGGAGUCCGACAAGGACACUCAGAAGGAGUCCAACAAGGAACUUGAGACGGAGUCCAACAAAGACCUUGACACCAAGUCCAGCAUGGAUCUUGAGACAGAGUCCAGUAUCUCGCAUCUUGGUGUUGACAAACUAAAUGUGAAUACUUGCAUGUACAAGAAGCCAAACAUCUCCAAAAACCAACAAGAGGUUUAUGCAUCCUGCAUAUCUGAUCCACAUUUCUUCUGGUGUCAGUACACCGAUGAAGAGGAGGCCAACAAAGUGACAAGUCUUGCUCAGGAAGCAGGACUGGCUCAGCAAGAUAGGACAUUUCCUGAGAGUCUCUGUCCUGGCAGUCCAUGCCUUGCUCUGGAUUCCAGUGACGGACAGUGGUAUCGAGCUCAAGUUCUUCGCAGAGUUGAAGAUAAGUUUGACGUUGUGUUUGUCGACUAUGGAAACAAGUCUGAUGUUGACAUCAAGAACGUGAGGUCAGUGCCUCAGAGUCUGCUGGAGAUAGCUCCUCAGGCCUUUCUGUGCUCUCUGAAGGGGUUUGAUCAGUCCAGGGGCUCCUGGGACGACCAAGUUCACGAUGUCUUCUACAAUCUUCUGGUUGAUAACCCACUCAAAGUGACAGUGCUUGACAUGGUCGGCCAUUCAGAAGCUGGUCACCCUCAGUAUGCAGUGGAGGUUGAGUGUGAGGGAGAGGUUGUGAAUGCACUAAUGCAGACAUACUGGAAUGGAUUGGACACAGGCCAAGCUUCGGGAAUAUGUUUGGAGUGGGAGAUGAUGAAGCACGAUGAGGAGUUUCUGGGUUUAAAGUCAUCAUCUAAAGAAGCUUUGGACCCAGAUGAAACGCAGACGUGAAGGAGUAGCCUCGACUCUUGUGGACAACAAAAUCCCAAAAUGUUUUUUAAAUGAAUGAAAUUAAGCUUGUCAUUUGGUUCUGUGUCUACAUCUUUAUACAUAGAGUUUGUGGCUGUAAGUUUUGGUGUUACCCUUCGCCUUGGUGAGGUAGUAUGGGUCAAAACAUGUUCACAAACCAUUGGUACAGAGA